AUGGCGAGUGACAAUAUCUCUAUCAAAGUUCUUCUUCUUGUAAUAGUAAUACUGGCUUCUUCCUUACUCAGUUUCUGUAAUAGCACUCAAGCAACGAGAAGUUGCAUGGAAAUCGAGAGAAAAGCUCUUAUCAACUUCAAGAAAGGUCUCACCGAUCCUUCACUUCGCCUAUCUUCAUGGGUUGGCCAAGACUGCUGCAGCUGGGAUGGCGUGAAAUGCAGCAACAAGAGUGGACGCGUCAUCAUGCUUCAACUUCGCAACAAGUAUUCAGGUCCCGAUGGUGAUGGAGCUGCAUAUGGUUUAGGAGGUAAGAUAAACCAUUCUUUACUUGAUUUGAAGAAUUUGACAUUCUUGGACCUGAGCAUGAAUAAUUUUGAAGGGAUCCCAAUCCCAGAAUUUAUCGGAUCAUUUAAAAGAUUGAGAUAUCUCAAUCUCUCAUGUUCAUCCUUUGGUGGAACUAUACCUCCAACUCUGGGAAAUCUUUCAAACUUGCUCUAUCUAGAUCUCAGCACUUACACUGUUGAAUCAAAUGAGAAUGAUUUACACUGGUUGUCAAGUCUUUCUUCUUUGAAACACCUAAAUCUGGGAAAUAUUGAUCUCAGCAAGGCUAAAAGUUAUUGGCUUCAUGUUGUUAACAUGCUUCCAUCACUUCUGGAAUUUCAUCUACCGGCUUGUGGACUUACUAGUCUUCCUCUUUCUCUUCCGUUUGUCAACCUUUCAUCUCUUUCUGUACUUGAUAUCUCCAACAACGGCAUCAUGUCCCCAAUACCCACCUAGCUUUUCAACUUAACUAGUCUCUUUUAUGUUGACCUCAGCUCUAACCAGUUCCAGGGUCAAGUUCCCGAGGAGUUUGCGGAAAUGAAUUCCGUUCAAUACAUUGAUUUGUCUGCUCAGAAUUCAUUUCUCAAUGGUAAGUUGACAGGAAAGCUUGGUACUCUCUGCAACUUGCGCGUGCUCGAUCUGUCUUUGAACAAUAUUAAUGGCGAGUUAAUCGAAUUCACUGAUGGCCUGUCAAACUGCACCAAUUACUCUAAUUUGGAGUAUUUACAUUUGGGUUAUAAUAAACUGGGUGGGUUUCUUCCUGAUUCUUUAGGUCACUUGAGGAACUUGAAAGAUCUUCUACUUAUGGGAAACUCAUUUUCGGGUUCCAUCCCGCAAUCCGUUGGAAAUCUGUCAUCCCUGGAAGAAUUGUGGCUCUCCGAAAAUGGGAUGAAAGGAACAAUUCCUGCAAGUCUAGGACAACUAUCAUCAUUAGUUGUAUUAAAUACAGAAAACAAUCAAUGGGAGUGUGUCGUAACAGAAGCUCAUUUUUCAAACCUCACAAGCUUAAAGGAGUUGUCCAUUGUUCAGAAAUUCAAUAACAUGACCUUAGUUUUCAAUGUCAGUUCUGAGUGGAUUCCACCUUUCAAACUCACACUUCUUCGCCUGAAAAAUUGUCUAUUGGGUCUUGAAUUUUCCCUGUGGCUGAGAAACCAAAAUGAACUACAGCAUGUAGCUCUUUGCCAGGCCAAUAUUUCAGGCACCGUACCCCGGUGGUUUUGGGAGAUGGAUUUGUUUCUGGAACGACUGGAUUUGAGUAAUAAUCAAUUCACUGAUACGGUGCCCAACACAAUAAAGUUCAGUCCUCAAGCUGUAGUUUUCUUGAAUGCUAACCGCUUUACAGGGCCUUUGCCACUAUUAUCAUCCAAUGUGAGUUCUUUCCAUUUGGAUCAUAAUCUUUUUUCUGGACCGAUUCCUCCGGACAUCGGUGAACGCAUGCCCCUGUUGACAGAUUUAGAUCUCUCUUUCAACUCUCUCAAUGGUGCCAUUCCCCUGUCAAUUGGGAAACUAAGUUUUUUGCUCACGCUUGUUCUCUCCGAUAAUCAUUUGACUGGAAAAAUCCCAAAUUUUUGGGAUAAUCUAUCAGGUGUCUAUGUUACAGGCCUAUCAAACAACAAUUUAUCGGGUGGGAUACCUCCGUCAUUGGGUGCUACAUCAUGCCUAUUCUUAAUGCUGAGCAACAACAAUUUAUCCGGAGAAAUACCUUCCACUUUUCAGAACAACACAGGCAUCAAAACUCUUGAUGUUGGAGACAAUUACCUCUCAGGUAAGGUUCCAACAUGGAUAGGAGAAAUGCUACCAUCUUUGUUGAUUUUGCGUCUUCGAUCGAACUUGUUUUCAGGAAACCUUUCCUCACUACAAUUGUGCAAUCUCUCGUCUCUUCAUCUCUUAGACCUUGCACAUAACAAUGUUUCAGGAUCCAUUCCCUUGUGUUUUGGGAAUUUGAGUGGCAUGGCAUCUGAUCUCGAAGAUGAACGUUAUGAAGGGCAGUUGCUGAUGGCAACCAAAGGGAGAGAAUAAUUGUAUAGGGAUACUCUCUAUCUCGUCAAUAGCAUUGAUCUUUCUUGCAACAACCUAUACGGAGAGGUGCAUGAUUUGACAAAUCUUUCAAGACUGCAAAUCUUGAACUUGUCUAUGAACCAUUUGACAGGAAAUAUACCAGAGAGCAUCGGCAGCUUGAAAUAUUUGGAAACUCUAGACCUCUUCCAGAAUCAAUUUUAUGGUGUCAUUCCACCAAGCCUGACUGCUUCAACUUUCCUAACCCAUUUGAACCUAUCAUACAACAAUCUCUCAGGAGAAAUCCCAUCAACCAACCAAUUCUUGACUCUCAAUGAUCCAUCUAUUUACCAGGGCAAUCCUGCUCUUUGUGGCUCUCCACUCUCCAAGUGCGGCAAAGACAACAAUGAAAAAUCUCAUCAAUUCCCCGGCGACAGCAAUGAAGAUGGCGAUAGCAUUGAAAAGCUCUUGUUUUACUACACCAUGGUUCUGGGAUUCCUCGUUGGCUUCUGGGGAGUUUGUGGAUCAUUGAUAAUGAAGAAGUCUUGGAGGGUUGCCUACUUCAAAUUUGUAGAUGACAUGAAAGAUAAGCUCGUCUUAUUUGUCUUGUGA